AUGGAGCUGGUGUCAGCCUCCCUUCUCCUCCUCCUCUGCCUCUGCUGCAUCCUCCUGGCCUCGGCGUGGAAGAGCCGGAACCAGCGAGGGCAGCUGCCGCCGGGCCCUACUCCCCUGCCCCUGCUGGGGAACUUCCUGCAGCUGGACAGGACCAAUGUUAUCCACUCCUUGGAGAAGGUGAGUUCUGAUCCCCGCUGGGGGGUGGUUUUUGCCAACGGGGAGCGGUGGCGGCAGAUGCGCCGAUUCUCCCUCACCACGCUGCGGAACUUCGGCAUGGGGAAGCGAUCCAUCGAGGAGCGGAUCCAGGAGGAGGCCCAGUGUCUGGUGGAGGAGCUCUGGAAAACCCAAGGGGCACCCUUUGAUCCCAUCUUUAACCUGAGCCGGGCCGUCUCCAACGUCAUCUGCUCCAUUGUCUUCGGGAACCGCUUUGACUACGAGGACGAGAAAUUCAUCACCCUGAACAAGCUCAUAUUCAAGCGGUUCCGUUUCGCAGGUUUAGCCUUGGCCCAGCUGUACAAUGCCUUCCCUGGCAUCCUGGAGAAGAUUCCUGGGCCUCACCACGUGGGAAGCAAAUGCUCCCAGGAGAUAAUCCGCUUUAUUUCAGAGAGAAUCAAACUGCAGCAGGCGACCCUGGACCUCAACGCCCCCCAGAACUUCAUCGACUGCUUCUUGGUUAAAAUGGAGCAGAAGCAGAAUCCAGCUACCGAGUUUUCCCUGGAGAACCUAGUCAUGACCACCUUCAAUUUAUUCUUCGCCGGGACUGAGACUGUCAGCACCACCCUGCGCUAUGGCUUCCUGAUCCUGCUGAAACACCCGCAGGUCCAAGAGAAAAUCCAUCAGGAAAUUGACGCGGUGAUCGGGAGCGAGCGAGCGCCCACCGUGGAGGACCGGGGCAGGAUGCCGUACACGGAUGCCACGCUGCACGAGAUCCAGCGCUUCAGCGACAUCCUGCCAAUGAGCCUCCCGCACACCGUGACCAGAGACACCCGGUUCCGGGGGUACCUCAUCCCCCAGGGGACAUACGUCUACCCCCUGCUGAGCACGGUGCAUUUUGACCUAGAAGAACAUAAAACCCCCGAAGCUUUCGCCCCCGAGAGGUUUCUAAGUGAGAACGGCUGCUUCAAGAAACAGAAUGCCUUCCUGCCCUUCUCCGCAGGUGUGUAG